GAGUCACAUCAUGAAAAUUGCCCACUGGUCGCUUGCCGUUGCGAUCCUGCUUCUCUUAUCUCAAUCAAACCUGCUUUUGGCCCAAGACGAUGUUACCUGGCACGAUGUCACAACAUGGGGUGUAGAAGGGAGAAUUCUCCCGGAUCAAGAGCGUGCUCGCUGGUUCGAUCGAUUACCAGCCUCAGCAGAAGGCAAAGUGACUCCAGCCGUUUGGAGCCUCAGCCGAGACAGUGCCGGUAUGGUGGUACGCUUUAAAUCUGAUGCAACCGAUUUCUGGAUCGACUAUAAGCUCAAAGAUGGUGGCAUCGCGAUGCCCCAUAUGCCAGCCACCGGCGUUAGUAGAGUUGAUCUCUACGCCAAAGACGAUGCCGGCAAAUGGAAAUGGGUAGCGGUAACCAAACCAACAGCUCAAGUUGUGAAGACGAAGUGGAUCGGCGGCCUCGCUCCCGGCGAGCGAGAAUACGCCGCUUUUCUGCCUCUCUAUAACGGUAUCGAUUACCUGAAAAUUGGCGUAAAGUCGGAAGCGAAAUUGGAAGGCCUUACUCCUCGUAAGAAGCCAAUCGUGUUUUACGGUACCAGCAUCACACAUGGCGCGUGUGCCAGUCGUCCAGGAAUGGUCUACACGGCAAUUCUCGGCCGAUGGUUCGAUCGCCCAGUGGUCAAUCUCGGGUUUUCGGGUAACGGAAAGAUGCAUGAAGAAGUGGCCGACUACCUCGUGCAGGUCGACGCCGCGGUUUACGUGAUCGACUGUUUGCCCAAUAUGGGACCCUCCGACGUUGAAACUCGCUGCGUUCCGCUUGUGCAACAAAUCCGGGCAGCAAAACCAGACACGCCGAUUAUUCUGGUUGAAGAUCGACGCAACACGAAUGACUGGAUUUUACCGGCUCGAAGCAAACAUCACACCGCCAAUCAUGCGGCCCUCAAUGCAGCCUACAAACAACUAACGGAUGCCGGCGUAACCAACUUGUAUUACAUCGAAGGAGACAACUUAUACGGCGAUGACACAGAGGGUGCGACCGACGCUUCGCACGCGAGUGAUUUAGGAUUCAUGCGUCAGGCCGAGAUCUUCAAGCCUGUCCUUGAGAAAGCCCUGAGCUCGAACUAA